AUCAUUGGGUUAUUCUGACAGGUUACGAGUUCAAGUUAGUCGCAUUAGUAUGUACGACUAUGAGAGACUCAAUUAUGAGAAAGAAAAACUGAAAAAAGCUUCUGUUCCAUUGGGUAUUAUCGUCGUCGAUAGCGACAGUGAUUUAGAAGAAAUCCGAGCUCAUAUAAAUCGAUUGUUAGAGGUAUUCAUACUGCAGGAUGCUGCAUCAGCCAAUGGGAACAAAGUCAGUUUAUCACCCAUGUGGUGCUUUCUAGAUUCUACAACAGCGGAUCGCUUCUUCCGAGUUGACAAAUCCCAGGAACAUCUUCACUACAUCACAGAUAUUUCCUCUGAUGAUCUGUAUGUCUUAGACCCCGAACUCACCAUAGCUUCCGCUGUUACCCAAGAAUCAAUGCCUGAUAUACUUAAUACCGAUAGUGCUGCCAUUGAGAAUGCUGGGAAUCUUGUAGCGGUCGGGAACGGGGAUGCAAAGUAUGUUUUCAUUUAUUAA